CUGUGGGUGAGGGAAUUGUUUGCAAUGUGAUCUAGUGGCGAAGGAGGAGGAGGAGGAGAGAGAGAGAGAGAGGGGGAGAACAUGCCUGCUGAUGUUGCUGUCUCAUUGAGCCUCGCUACCCUCCUGCUGACCACAUGGAACACGCUGAUGGUGACAGCCACAGUGCCAGUGGCUCCAGUCAACGUAUCGGUAAGUCAGCUGAGAUCAGACUCCGCCCUCAUCAUCUGGAGUGUACCACAGGGAGACAUUGUCAUCGGAUACGUCAUCUCACAACAGGUGACUACCUCAUGAAGCUGGUUGAGAGAAUGCCAAGAGUGUGCAAAGCUGUCAUCAAGGCAAAGGGACUACUACUGUGGAAAAUCUCAAAUAGGCAGGAUGGGCUGAUGCAGCGCUCCAUUCGGGAGGUGAACUCGUCAAGUCGAGCGUGUGUGUUGUGGGACCUGGAUGAAGACACACACUACAGCGUACAGGUCCAGUCCAUAGGUCUUCAGGGAGACAGCCAGCCCAGUCACACUGUCCACUUCAGGACCCUGGAGAAGACUGAUCACUACCCUAUAGGAAGCAUAGACGAUGACCCGACCAUGGAAGGGAUGGAUCUGACCCCUAACCUGCAGACAGGAGAACUACUCAUCGUCACCACUGUACUGCUACUCUGGGCAGCGGUAAUAGCUCUGUUCUGUCGUCAGUAUGACAUCAUCAAGGACAAUGACUACAAGGACAAACCCAAACGCCCCUCUGUUCGGACCGAACCAUCUUACUACAGCACCAGCGUCUCGGCUCAGAGCACGCCACUCUACUACAAUGGGGGGGUGCAAGGCAGCAAGGUGAUAAACAAAGUUUUAAUCUACAAGGAUGUGUUUGUGUCAUCAGUGUAUAACUCAACUCUUCUCUCUGUCAGUUCCACAGGACCUCCUCUUCCUCUUCCAUCAUCAGAGUGUGACAGGAUCUCCUCCUCCUCCAUCAUCAGUCUGUGACAGAGCCUCCUCCUCUUCCUCCUCCAUCAUCAGUCUGUGACAGGAUCUCCUCCUCUUCCUCCAUCAUCAGUCUGUGACAGGACCUCCUCAUCCUCCUUCUCCAUCAUCAGUCUGUGACAGGAUCUCCUCCUCUUCCUCCAUCAUCAGUCUGUGACAAAGCCUCCUCCUCCUUCUCCAUCAUCAGUCUGUGACAGGAUCUCCUCCUCCUCCUCCUCCAUCAUCAGUCUGUG